AUGAGCAAGAGGGUUGUCAAUUUGCACAGUUUUCUUGCUGCAUUAAUGUGGGUUUCAUUCUAUUUAAGUAAAGAAAGCUUUCAGUAUGCAAUGGCAGAAUAUGUUAAUUCAUCUUACAUAAGAGAGAGUAAAAUGAUCAGGCCCCCAAGAGCAGCAGCAGCAAAAUCAAUUACAGAAAAUGGUCAAUGUGAUAUCACAAUUAUUCAAAUUGUUGUGGAUCAAUCUGGAGCUGGAAAUUACACCACAGUGCAGGAGGCAAUAAAUUCUGUGUCUGACAACAGUACACAAAGGACUAUCAUAAACAUCAAGGCAGGCACAUAUGUAGAAAAGGUAACUAUUAGUUUAACCACAGCAAAUAUCAGCUUACAUGGAGAAGGAGCAGGCAAUACACAUAUUCAAUGGAAUGACACAGCUGCAACUUCUGGGGACACUCCAAACAGUGCAUCACUUUCUAUUGAUGCCCCAGACUUCAUUGCUAAAGACAUCAGCUUUCACAAUACUGCUGCGUUCCAAGGAGUACAAGCUGUAGCGGUGAGAGUUGCAGGGGAUAGAUCUGCAUUUUACAGAUGCAGCUUUAUUGGGCAACAAGACACUCUUUAUGAUGUGUCAGGACGCCACUAUUUUGAGCAAUGUUAUAUAGAAGGGAAGGUAGAUUUCAUAUUUGGAAAUGGCCAAUCUCUUUACAAGGGAUGUCAGAUCAAUUCCACUACAGAUGCUUCUUACGGCGGUUAUAUUACAGCACAAGGUCGUAAUACAAGUGCAGAUGAAAGCACUGGAUAUUCUUUUGUCGAUUGUUCCAUUGUAGGAACUGGACCAACAUAUUUAGGCCGAGCAUGGGGAAACUAUGCCCGUGUAAUAUUUUCCUACACAAAAAUGGCAGACAUCAUUAAUCCUCAAGGCUGGAAAUCGUCUCAUGAAGCUGUUAUAGGAAAAAAAAUUAGGGUAUGGGUUUCGUGA